AUGGAAAAGAUAGACGAGCUCAAGAAAGAUAUCGCAGAACUGGAAACCCUCGCAAAAGCCGCUACUCGGCAAAAAUGCAAGGACAUCCUAAGCAUUGAAAUACGAAAACUAGUUACUGAAGUCGUUAAUAUGGAAGAGGCCCGGAAGAACACAAACGGCACUGCUCAAACUAACAAUACCCCAUCAAACGCACCUUCCAGCUCCAGCAGCGCACUUCCGAAAAAAAGAUACCAGGAGAAAAUUAGCAAUUACGCUUGGGAUCAGUCCGAUAACUUUGUGAAAUUCUACAUAACUCUAAAAAACGUACAAAACAUUCCAACAGAAAACGUAACUUGCAGUUUCGAUGUUAAAAGUGCCAAUUUAGUAGUCAAAGAUCUGGAUAACAAGGAUUACUCUUGGCAAAUCAAGCAAUUACUAAAGGAAAUCGAUCCGGCAAAAAGUUCUUGGAAAGUAAAGACCGAUACUGUAUUGAUAAAUGCAGCUAAAAAGUCGUCGGGAAAUUGGUCUCACCUAACCGAAUGGGAAAAGAAGGCCAGCGAAAGUAAAGCCCCCAAGCUCGAUUCAUCGGAUAAAAUGGACCCAACGGAAGGGCUAAUGUCUCUUAUGAAAAACAUGUACGAUUCUGGUGAUGAUGAAAUGAAAAGAACUAUUGCCAAGGCCUGGACAGAAAGCCAACAAAAAAAGGGACAAGAUUUCUUAUAA